GGGCAGACUCCCCCCAUACAUCACCGUGGAGUCCCCUCCCACAAGCCAUCCUGGCUUUGCAGGCUCUGCUUGCAAGAAGCUGCCACCCAAACUCUCCCCAGGAGCAGCUGCUGUAUCCGCUCUGCUGAAGGCUUAGCAAAGAUGAAGGCUUUCCUCUUUGCCCUGCUGGCUGCAGUCCUGUGUGUGGAGCCAGGUCACUUGCUGGUUUGCUUCACCUGCGAGGAUGCUUCCUCCAACUGGGCCUGUCUGACCCCGGUGGCAUGCGACAAAGGGGAAAAUCACUGCGUGACGACUUAUUUCAGCACGAGUGUCGGCAGCGGAUCUGGGCAGACCAUCUCCAAGGGCUGUGCUUCCCUCUGCCCAAACGCUGGGAUUAACUUAGGGAUUGCGGCGGCCUCCGUGACGUGCUGCGAUUCCUUCCUGUGCAACAUCAGUGGGGCCAGCAGCGUGAAAGCCAGUUACACUGUGAUGGCCACGGGCAUCCUGGCCAGCAUCAUCUAUAUCCUCCGGGUCGGCGUGUAACGGGGCCUGGGAAGAAAGGAUUUGCUGCCCUGAAGAGCCCGAGCUCCCCCAGUGAGGCAUCAACCACCCGCUCUGUGCAAAGCUCUCUCAAGGUGUGGCCACCUAUGGUGCCCUUUCUUCCAAGUACUAUCCCAGACCCAAUAUAGCCAAUAUUUCCUCUCUCACUGUCUGCCUUGGUGACCAGGUGCCCCACUUCGCGGCUCAGCAGAUCUAGAAAGUUGCCUCGUCUAAUUCUGGCGCUAGAGAUUUAGGAAGCUCAGAUGGAUAAAGGCCUCCCCACCUCCCACGGACAAACCCAGUUGCACCUACCAGGAAAUGGUGGAGGAUGCUGUGGUGGGGUUUUUAACCCAUCUUCCCAGGUGAUAGGGCUCGUUCAACUGUAGUUGGACUCACAGGGAAAAUGUUUACCGGGUACCUUCCCAAGCGGGAUGCCGCCGCGGUGGAGAUGUUUCCACGCGAUGGAUCUGUACAAAUGCCAAAUACCAGGAAUGCAUGAUUGUCAUGCAAACCCAGCGCCCAUCUUCCUGUCCCGCUCUUCCCCUCUCCCCAGGCAGCUGGAUUCUGCUGUUUUCUAGAUCUUUUCCUCUAACCCUUGGCUAACAUUUCUUCUAUAGACAACGGAUGAGCUGUAUCAUGUCCCACUGCACCAAUGUGGGCACUAGGCCUGAAUUAAACCCCUUUCCUGUUGUUGUGUGACCCCGGAUGCGUCGUGUAUUUGUUUCUGUGCUGAAACAAGGGGGUAAGAAGUGUGUCGGUACAGCGUCUUGGGCCCUAGACUUCUGCUCCGUAUUCGCCCCAUCACCCAUAGUCCACCACCUUUUCUCUCCCCACCCUCUAGUAUGGGUACGAAUGCACCCACUCUCCAUGCCAUCAUUCACCUUUGUGCCCAGCUCUGGUUUCUCUGCAUUGCCCCAUUCGCUGCCCUCCGUCCUUUCCCUCCACGAAGGCCCUUUCGGACCUGAUGCAUGACAGACACGGCCCAUAACAAAGCAUGAGUGCAAGUCAAAGGCUAGGCUUCAACAGGGGGACAAAGCCAAUGAGGGAUUACCCUGUGCAUUGCAACGCCUCGAAGGUUUGCGUGCCUCAGUUUCUCCUCUGCAGAAAGGGCGAUAAAGGCUGAGCAGAUUCCAGGCCCAAAGUUUCAUAGUUGUUAGAGGCUGGAAGGGUCCAGCCGUCCGGAGGUAACAAAAGCUCAAACCAGCCCGUGCACGUAGAUGGGCACCCACUGGACUGUCUGUGUUAGAAAUAUGGGGGUCCUUAAAUGGAAGAAGUGGGAUUGCAGUUGGAAGAUCCUUUCCCCUCCUGGCAGAUGCCCCACUCUUGCUAAGAUCAUCUAUAAUACAUGGGUAGCUUCUUCCUCCUGGCACUGCCAACUCUCCUGACCACAUUGGAUCCGGCUAAACCCCCAGGCAUCUCCCUCCUUUGACAUGUUUAAGACCAGGUAGACAAAGCCUUGGUGGGGAUGGUGUAACUGGGGCUGGUCCCACUUGGAGCAGAGGGUUGGACGAGAUGUCCGACGACUGGGAAACUUGAGUUCGUAAAAAUUAUACUGCAACAUAUCACCGACAAAUGCAUAGUACAAGGCGAGAUAAGUUUGUGGUUAGGAUUUUCAGAAAAGAAGUCAUGAAGUAUCGCUUGCAGAUUAUCUUAGUACACCUCUGAUGAUUUUAAGCAGGCUCCCAUGUGUCUGGUAUUUGUCUGUGUUAAAUGUCUAUCCUUGAUUAAUGACUAUGGUAAAUAUACUUCUUAAUAAUUAACUCACAUUUAUGUGCAGGAAGAGACAUUUUCCAUAAGGGGCUUGAUAGUUGUUUCCUGAUUUACUUUUGUUUCCCCCCCGUGGUUCCCUUGAUCUUCCAAGGGCAAGUCUGGAAAAGCGCUGUGUAUUUCUGCCAGUCGUUAACCCAUUUCCUGACACGUUCCUACUCCGCAGAGUUUGAUAACCUCCUGUUACCGAGUAAGGUCAUUCACUCAAAACUGGGCCUUUCCAAUAACAAAUAACGGACGGUUGCAAACAGGACCUUCCUGUUCGUUAUUGCAUGAUUGGGUUUUUUUUCACUCAUCUACAAAAAAUGCUUUGAAAAUGCGGAGCUGUAGGGUAUUAAGAGGAACGAAGCAACUAUCAGGAAUGAGAAAUCAUUCAAGGCAAGACUUAUGUGUCCAGCUGCUCUUCCAGCGACGGAUCCACGCCUUGAAAAGCUGAGAAGAGUGAAAGCACCUCUCUGCCUGUAUUGCUAUUGCUUUUACAGAUAAACAUACUGGACUUUUGCUUUGGGCUCAUUUCAUAGUAAAUAGUCUAAGUAAAUAAAGCUUUUUUUGUCAUUUAA